AUUAUUCUGAAUUUUCACGAACACUAGCUAAAGCUUUGGAUAUUUAUAAUAUUCCGUUAUUUUAACAUCACUGUUUUAUAAUCAAAAUAAGUCUUUUAUAAUCAAAAUAAGUCUAAAUGCAUGAUAAUCUACACCUUUGCAUGUUUCAAAUUGGGCGUUUGUUUUUUUUAAAGUAUAAUUAGUUUGAUAAGCGCGUUCAAAUGUAUUCACUGAAUAUAAAAGACACGUAGAAAUUAACAUGCUGAUGUACUAUUAUACAUCGAAAUGGAUUUGGCUUGAAUUGUAGAAGGGUUAUCACUCUUUAUUAUGUGUUUGGAACUAGAACGGAACAAUGAUAAAAUGAACAAUAACGCUGUAUUUUUCUCUAUUAUUUAGAUGACACAAUUUCAAGUUUCUUCUCGUUUGUAAUUGAUGAACUAAUAUACUUCAAUACAAUGACAGAAGGAGGUGUUUGGCACGUUGCCGCCGAGCUUAAAAUGUUGAACAGCAACUUCAAUCAAGUGACAGCAAAUCAGAUUGAAGUUAUAUCCGUUGAGACGAGUACAUUGAUGGAUCGGCUCGGAUAUAUCUCAACACUCAGACAGGCACGAAUAGACAGUUACAGAGAGAGUGAUAGACUGAUGUCCGCAAAGGCAGGCGAAAUGGCCACUUUGGUCACUAUUGGCAGUAAGGCAGAGGGCCUUGCAUUCUUUUUUGAAGAUGUUAGGGAUAUCCUCGUAUUUGUAAACAAUGUUAUUUGUCUGGAAGAAGGCGCUGAUGAAAUAACUUUGCCAAAAGAUAUUUCUGUGUUCCGAUUAAGUUCCAGCGUGUGUUACGCAGGUCACUGUAAACUACUGUUAGAAAAGCACGAUUUAAAAAUUCUCAAAGUUUUUUACAAUGCCCUAUGCGACGAUGGAUUUGGGAAAACCCUUUUAAGUAGUACUUUAUUUCUCAGUGAAUAUUCGACUGUUGAUAGAGAGCAAUAUCACAUGCGUGCAGGGCCUUCCCUGCCACAUUCAUUUACAGGAACAUAUAAUAUGGAACACAUAGUUGCAUUACGGUGUCAUUGCCCAAGCAUCAUGCAGAGAUGGGCUGAACGACAUCGUCAUUGGCCACCGCAGGAUAUCGUUCAAAAAGUGGUGACCCUUGGAGCAUUUGUAACUCCUGUUGGAUUUAAAGGAAGCGAAUAUCACCAUGUCGAGUGGAGAAUCUGCUUCUCUAUGGGCGAGACAGAAUUGAUCAGCAAUCUUAACAACGCAUUGAUCAAAGUGUACAUAAUGCUCAAAAUGAUAAAUAGAGAAAUGUUAAAGCCGCGCAAAAAAGAAAUUACAUCGUUUGUAUUGAAAAGCAUAGUGUUUUGGUUGGCAGAGAAAAAUUCUCAGGCGCUGUUUCAUGAAAGGGCAUUGUGUUACUGGCUUCUCAAAGGGCUUGGUGAACUAAGAACAGUAUUGAUUACAAAGCAUUUGCCAUAUUACAUGAUGCCAGAGAGAAAUCUGAUGGCAGCUUGUGGGUUAGAGGUUGAACAGCAGCGUAGCUGGGUUUCAACUAUUUCGGACAUGAUUAACGAAGGCCCGAGGGUAAUCCUUAGAUUGACGUCUAUUCGUAAAGUCAUUAUCUCACAUCCAGAACCAUUGCUGUGGUACAACAGGAAGCGAAUCGAGCUGGAGUUGCUUAUGUUAAAGUAUAUGAACAGACGACUUCAUUGCAGUGACGAGUCGAGUAUAACUGAUGAGAAUGAUUUCAUGCUGAAGGAGAUAUCGCGACGCCAGUCAGAGAUUGUGCGAGAGGUGGUGAUGCGAAUGCACCUGGAGGGAAGUUUUGUCUAUGACUUACACGAUGUGUUGUUCAGAAUGUUAGACGGAAGCGAUCUAUCAUGAGACCCUCAUUUGUAUCGUUGAUCACAGUCACUGUUUCUUUAUAAUUAACUGCAGUUAAGAUGCAACGAUGCUGUCAAUAUAAUAGAGAUGCUGAAAGAAGUAACUCGAUACACAAUGUAAUUAUUGUUAUACAUACUAAACAAUUGAAGGUGGUUAGAACGUUGUUCAUUAUUGUCAGUGUUUGUUAAUGUUCCUUUACCCAUUGACAUUAAGUAUGUACACGCAUUUUUGAUUUGAUUCUGUGCAUGUGAGAUACAGAGGUUUUAUUUGUAUAAUUAUAAAUAAUACCGUAUUGUUAUAAAUGUUAUUGCUGUUAGAUAAAAUGUUUCUCCUUAUCUUUUGCACUACCAAAGGCAACUGCCUUUUUAAAAAAGAUUCUCUGAAUGGGCCAAUGACCUUUAAAUAUCACAAUAAAGUGUUACAUGAAUUGACUGUCAUGUCUAAAAUAAAAUAAAAACGGUAUAUCAAUUAAUUGAAAUCGUUGUUGCCACUCACAUACGUGUUAACAUAGACACUUCUUCGUAAAUAAAAUACCCUUUAUGAUUAUCCAAAAUAAAUACUCCCACUUGGUAUGUGUAUUUAGAUACAUGCGAGUUAUUGUGGUUGUGUUAUCCGAUGCAUGCUAUCAAUAUUGUUUAAAAAAGUCAUUAAACAACAUCGCAAAUAUUUGUUAUUGCGAGUUAUUAGCACUUAUGUGAAGCCUCAUAUUAUCAUGGCUAUCCACCAGCUUAAUUGUUCAAAUGUGACGAAUUAACAAAUAUAUGUUUUGGUUAAUUGUAGAUAUGAACUGUCUCUAGUUUUGAUGUAUUAUGUGUAGUAACAUUUGUACAUCAGGUUGCAUACAUUGUAUGCACUCAUUACACAUUUUAACAACCGGCGUGCAUUAUGGGCAUAUGAAAUCUACAGUGUCUUACAUACAGCAAAAGAUUAAUUCACUAUUUUAUACUCUGAGUUUAGGCUAUUGUAAUGAUUUAUAAAGUGCACUAAGUUUAGCAAAGUAUGUUCUCUAAAGUGUAUAUGACUCAUUACAAAUACUAAAUAGUAUAUUAUUGAUGUAUGCUUUUAUACAACGCCAACCAUUAAACAUAAGUUUUUUUCUUCAUGUAUACCAUAAGUUAGUCUUUUGACGAUUUUCUUUUUUUUGCACUUGUAUACAUAUUAUUGUUUUGUAAUGUUCAUAUGAAUCAUGUGCUCAUUAUCGUCUGUAUUGUUAUUGCUGUGUUGUUCUUAUACACAUAUUCAUGUCUGCCGUUUUGUGAACUAUAAUUUUUUUCUUAUAAACCAGGAGAAUACUAUUUGAAUAGGGAAACGUUAUGAUUCAUUGCGCUUUGGUGUCAAUGUUUGACGAAUGAACAAUGAAAAGGAAUUUCCGACUUUGCCUUGUACUGUUCGACCUAAAGCGGAAACUAGAAUAAUUUAUAUUGCGGGAAGCUACAAACACCCACCCAAACACGUAUGUGGCAUUGGUGGGCAUUUAUGAGACUAACUAUUUUGUAAAGUAUGAGACAAACGAUUGAAAAACCAUUCCUUUGUUGCAGUCUGCUAGUUUUAAAAAGCAAAUAGAACUUUCUUAUAAAUUGCGUGCGUCAUUUCGUAACCACAAUUCCGCCUAUCGAUCCCGAUGUUGAAAUUGUCAGGCGAGGUAAUUAGGCGUUUAUCAUGAAUAUUUAUUGGAUCUCAAUUACACAAGAAGAAAUGCAUCGAAUGACGUUUUGGGAACUCGUCUUUGUGUAAUUGAUCCUGGGGACAGAACCUGUUCAACAGUGCAAGCUAUGAAUCUGCAGAACCUACGCAGGCGGUAUUGAAAAAGGGAUUAGUAAAUUCAACAAAAUAAUUGAUCAUGUGCAUAUGAAUUUUACAUCAGCACAAAACCUAAAGCAACAAGUAUCACAAGAAAAGCAAAGCACAAAUGUUUGUACUGUAGAAGAUGUUCAUCCAACAAAUUUCCUUACUUCUUGUCUACCACUAUAAAUACCUUAUUUCAGAAAUAUAUUUUGAUUAGAUUCCCCUUUUUGUUUUCAAGAAAAUCAAUAGCAAAAGGGAAUAGUCUGUAAAAGCCCGCUCACAUUAUAAUUCAAUAAUUUGAAAGUCAUUUUUUUAUAAUUGUCAAAGGUGUUUCAAAAAAUCAAUAUAUAUUUUACUAUUAUAAAACAUCAAUUCAUUCACUUGAAACCAACAUCUGCUUCAUUUACAAUCCAGUUGUCAGUCGUAUGAUUGAUAAUGACAUUCAUAGACGCCAGUGCUAUUGUUUAUCAACUUCUCACCGUAGAGAAUGUUACUAUGAAUGUGCUUUUUGGUAAAUGAUAUGCAUGCCGAAUGUGGUAGAUACCUGAUGUAUAUCUCGGUAUUUACUAAAAUUGUCCAACUGCUUUUUAAGCAAUAUAAUUCUAAGACAAUGUAAAGAAGCUUGUUAUAACCCUCAUUCCAAGUUAUAGGCUUCAAAUAUUCGAAACCUUUUGCAAGAGUCAGGUUUUAAUGGCGUCUGGAUAUAGCCAGAUUCUGUUAAUGUACACAGCUUUAUUGUAAUGUUUCAAAAUAAAUUACACGAUUUGUUAAUUUUAAAAUGGCGAACUGAUGUUAAUGGAACUUCACCGCCAUUUCUCUACGAGGAAUUGAACCCCAUUUUUUGAAAGAUCCAUUUACUUGGGCAAAAUUGAUAAUUCUCAAUUUAAAAUCAUAGUUGCAAAAAAAAAUAUUAUGCUCUCAGAUAUAUAGACAAUG